CCUCAUCUUCUUCGUCAAUUUUCGCUAUCUUCUUCGUCUCUUCUCUCUGUAAUGCUAAUGGCGACCAAUCUCUCCUUCUCUCCUCAAUCCCUAAUUCCUCUUCAGAAGCCCUCGCUGUUACCACGCGCGCAACUCGGUCACUUUCUCAAUCUCAACUCAGUGAGUCGGAUUUCGAGUGCCCGCCUCCAUUCCGCCUCUCGAUCGGGGCUUCUGGUGCGAGCCGCUCUGGAUAGCGAUUACUCGUCGAAGAGGAGUAGCAGCAAUGAGCAGAGGGAGACGAUUAUGUUGCCUGGUUGUGAUUACAACCAUUGGCUUAUUGUCAUGGAGUUCCCCAAGGAUCCUGCUCCCACUAGAGAACAGAUGAUUGAUACCUACCUCAACACCCUUGCUACUGUUUUGGGCAGCAUGGAGGAAGCUAAGAAGAACAUGUAUGCUUUCAGCACCACCACUUACACUGGAUUCCAAUGCACAGUAUCCGAAGAAACAUCAGAGAAAUUUAAGGGAUUGCCAGGAGUUCUGUGGGUGUUGCCAGAUUCAUAUAUUGAUGUCAAGAACAAAGAUUAUGGAGGUGACAAGUAUAUUAAUGGGGAGAUAAUUCCAUCCAAGUAUCCAGUUUAUGAACCAAAGAAACGAAGAGAAUCGAAAUAUGAAAGUAGGAGAUAUGAAAGACGAAAGGAUGGUCCUCCUGAACAACGAAAGCCAAGACCACAAGCAACCAGAACGGAAAAUUCCGGAUAAGGUAGUGUUGCGAUUUCCCUCUAUUAUUUGAAAUGCUUGCAUGGGAAAAUAGAAUGUUUGUGUUCAUCUCCUUUGCAAUUCAUUAGUGUAUGACUUGAAACUGUACUUCAAACUAUUAAGAAAGAUGCAGAAUGAAGAGGAGGUAGUCCAGGGAAUUUCAUACUGUUCUUGGAAUUAUGUACAUGCUGUGCUGUAGUUGAUCCUGAAAAGAAAUCUUGUAUCGUGAUGUGACCUUGUAUUGUAGCUUAGAGAAUCAUUGAUCAAUGUAAGGUUUAGAACAGUUCUUUUACAAGUAUUCAAACAUUCUUAAACCUCAUAGUUCAUACAGAGGAGAUUUAGAUUAGUUUUGGAUGUUUGAGUGAUUCUUUAGCCAUGUCUUUUUAUCCUAGAAUGUUCAUGAAUCCUGGUUUUUGCAAACCAGAGCAUAAUACUUCUAAAUUGGGAAUGCUGCAGUUUGAAGUCUA